AAAAAAAACGAUGUGCAGCAUUUUCAACAGUUAUGCUAGAAUGUAAAAUAUCUGGCCUUAACCGGCUCAUGACUCAGUAAUACAAGAUCAAACUCUACCACUCAGUACUUGGAACUCAUGUCGGGCAUGAUGAAAUUGUAUUGUAAGUUGGCCACAGUGAUCCUCAUAGUGAGGCUGCAUUUAGCAAUUUCCCAACAAAGUACAUGCCCAGUGCAGUCUGGUAAAGAUGGUCAGCCAGGACUUCAAGGAAGAGAUGGAAGACCAGGUGAACAAGGAGACACAGGAGAUCCAGGAGCAUCUAUUCGCUGGACUGGAGUACAGGGUGAAAAAGGUGACAAAGGUGAUAUGGGACCUGCAGGGCAACCUGGAAAACGAGGUGCUAGUGGGCUACUGGGACUUCAGGGACCACCUGGCAAUGAAGGUGAAAAAGGACGCAAGGGAGAUGCUGGAGAUUCUAAGAAUCAGCCUAGGCCUGCAUUCUCUGCCACCAGAACCCUUGAGGCAGACAUGAAGAAUGCAAAUAAUGUUGUUAUAUUUAACAAUGUUAUUACCAACCAAGGAAAUCACUAUGAUAGUUCCACUGGUAAGUUCAAAUGUGGAGUGAAAGGUUACUACUAUUUUGUCUAUCACGCCAUCUCCAACAGCAACCUGUGCGUAAAAAUCAUCAUGAAUGGAAAUUUGCAGGUAGGAUUAUGUGAUUCCAACAGCAAGCAGACCCCCCAGAUCAACUCUGGUGGCACUGUGCUGAACCUUAAUAUAGGAGAUCAGGUGUGGAUUGAACUGGAUCCUUCCACUGGGGGACUGAAACUCAUUCGAGACAUGGAUACCAUUUUUAAUGGCUUUCUCUUGUUCCCUAAUUAACUAAGAUCCUGAACACGACUGCUAACAUUAAUUUGCAUAUGUCACAGUACAACAAAGAUAUAAUCAGCAUGCAGCAAGGUAGAGUUUUUUUUAACAAGAUACACCUGAAUGUCCGAUUAUUGAAGCUUAAUAACUUUAAUGAGUUAAUUCUGCUCUUUGGAUUAAUUGCAUUAUUCUUCACACUUUAGACCUGCUGAUUUUAAUGUUUAACCAGUUUGCCAUUGUCUGAGCAGGUUAACAUUUUUUUUUGCAUCUGGAAAUAAGUAUCAAAUAAAACUUUUUUAGUAUUUUUAAGAAAA